AUGAAGAAAGGAGGAAAUUAAAUACCUUAGAAUUCAGGUGCAGUUGGAGGAGUUUCAUCACUACUGACCAAUCAGAUGUAAAUGCAGUAGAAUAACUCCAUAUAAAAUAUGAAUGAAGGUGUUGGCUUAGGGCACAUGGCUAAGAGAUCCUUUACUCACUAGCAAAAUUCUUUAAAUAUGGACCCAAAAGAACAAACUAGAAAAUCACUUGAUGUCAAGUAUAAUAAUAUGAGUUAGAAUAAGGACAAAUAUAUUCAGAAGGGGUACUUUAUGUAGCAAAACAAUGCGAUGCAGCAGUAGAGAGCUUCUCCAGACUUUACAAUAGGGAAUGUAAACCCUACUUUACAAAAUAAGCCAAGCCAUUAAAAGUUUGCUAAUCAAAAUCUCUAAGUCUAGCAUAAACGAUAGCUCAGCACCAAGCAGUAAGCACCAAUUUCAAAGUUCUAAAAUGGUUUGAAUUAAAGCUAAAUGGACAAUAUGAUGAUGUUUUACCCAAAUAACUUAAGUAAUAAGAAUAAGCUGACCUUGGAGAAUUAGCAGUUAAUCAGUGAAUAAAACUUCUAACAAAUUCCUUAAAACAAGAAAUAUGAUUCAAGACAUAGUAUUUAAAUCUAAAGUAAGUAUAGCUCGUCUGGAGCACCCAGCUAUACAACAAACUCUCAAGAAAAAAUGCAGUUUGCCAUGGGCUAAACUCCCACAGAUUUUAAUUCUGAGGGAAUGGGUAGUGGCCUUAUUUAAAUGCAGAACUUUAAAAUUUAAGGCUAGGUCAAGCCUAACAAAUAAAACGCAGGCGGGCCUUAUCAGAAAUUUCCAUAAACCUAGAAUCACUCUCCCAAUGUGACCAGAAGGUAGCCUUCUAUUAAUAACAAUAUCAAAUAAAAGAAAAAGAUUUAAUAUUUAUAUGGAGCUGAAAUCGGUUUCACAAAUGAGUAAAAAUAGAAUAUUAAAAACAAAUUUGUAAACUAAAGCAUUGAGCUAUAGAAUUAUAACAAAAACAGCAGCAUCAAUAUUGGCAAUGGCUCCAUGUCGACUAGAUUCUAGGAGUAGAACCAAAUUUAUUAAUCAAUCAUUAACCCAUAAGCAAGUAUAAUUCAAGAGGCCUCAAGUGUGCAGAAUAUGAGAUUAGGAACAGCUCAGUAAAGAUUCCUGCAAAAUUAAAACAAUUAAUCUAAGACACCAGAUAUUACUAGUCCCAAUAAAUCUAUUGAUUUUACUUAGGUCAGGUAGCAACCUUAGCUUGUAUAACACAAUUACCUCCUUCCAAGUCAAAGUCAAACAAAUAAUAAUCCUUAUUAAUUACAAAGCAACUAGAUAAAACUACAAAUGACUAAACAACAGCAGAUUUUCAAUGAAAAGCAGCAAUAGUUUAUGAAUUAGCAUAGAAAAAACAAGUCCCUCAUUUAGAACUAUUCUAACCAGCAGGUGUAAAACAGCUAUCAGCAAAUGAACAAUAACUUCUUAGAUUAGAACAUAUCAAUGAUAGAAUAAUAGAAUUAAAAUAAGAAUACUUAGAAACAACAAAGGGCAUUAAUAGAAGUAAAUAACUAGAACUAACAAGUAGCAGCUGCUACUAGAUAUUCACAAUCUAUGAGACCCAAUGGAAUUUACACGCCAGACAUUACUAAAUACAUGUAGAAGAUUAAGUAAUAGAAUCAGAGUAUUGCCAAUAACUAUGAGGAUUAAGUCCAGUAUGUGUAAAAUCAUUAGCAAAUGAUGAUGAGAAGAAAGCAAGGAAGCAAGACACCAGUUGAAUUCGAUUCUAUUACUCAGAACUCAAUGAUUUUAGAUGGUGGAACAGGGAGUGAAGGAGGUAAUAGUAAAAAGUAUGCUAGCUAAAAUGUAUCUAUCCAACUAAGUCAAAAUAACAGCAAUCAUGGCAAUCAGCUUAUGAACUAAAACUCAAUGAGCAACCAGACAUCUUUACUCAACCAAUCUGACACUUAGAAUAAAAGUUCAUCAACUAAAAUAUCUCUUGGCAGUUUGCAGAAGUCAAAGGAUAGACUACAAAAGAUAUAAUAACAAUAGCAAAAGCUUAAAUAGCAACUCCAAGGGCCUAAGAACAAAUCAGUCUAGAGAUAUCAGCCAGAUCCAAAUUCAAUAGUUACUGAUGAAGAUGAUGCCUUGAACCAGUUUAAUAUAUAAGACAUUAAGAUUUAGCCUAUCCAGAAAAGCAAAGAGUACUUAGUGGCAUCAGGGAAUUAACAACAAGUCAAGAUAAAGCAAAAGACUACAGCUCCAGUUUUACCGCCUGUGAACAAGCGACUUCUAAAUAUCACAGAAGAGGCAUUAGCGAUUGGAAAAGUUCCACCUGAGGAUGUUGCAAGAUUAUUGUCCAAAUCAGUUAUUAAGUCAGAGAAAGAUUUAGAUUAGUUCUCCCCCAGAACUAAAGAAAUGGCUUUAAUCUCAGCUAUUGUCAAGGAAUCUUUCUAAAAAGCCAAGGAAGCCCCAGUUACUACCACUGAUUUCUACAGAGCGGGUAAAAUGCUUGGAAAGGGAGCCUUUGGAAAAGUAUCGCUUGGCAUGCACAAGCUAUCAAGAAAGCUGGUUGCAAUUAAGUCUAUUAACAAAGAAUAUCUCAGUGAAGAAAAGUAAAAGAACAAGGUGAUGCAUGAAGUAGGAAUAUUGCUCAGAAUGAGACAUCCUAGUGUAGUCAAGUUGUAUGAAACUUUCGAAACUGGGAGACAUAUAUUACUAGUGAUGGAGCUCUGUGCUGGAGGAGAUCUACUUAACUAUGUUAGGAAGAGAAGAAAGCUCAAGGAAGACUCUGCUAAACUCAUAUUCAGAUAAAUUAUUGAAGGCUUGGGGUAUAUUCAUUCUAAGAACAUUCUUCAUAGAGACAUUAAAUUAGACAAUAUUUUAUUAGAUGGCAAAGGAAAAGUAAAGAUUGCUGAUUUUGGAGUAAGCAAACUGGUGAAGCCUGGAGAGACAAUGAGAGAGCAGUGUGGUACACCUGCCUACAUUGCUCCAGAAAUUAUUAGAGAUAAAGGCUAUCAAGGAUUUAAGGCUGAUAUUUGGAGUGCUGGAGUUGUCCUAUAUGCUAUGCUCUAUGGAACAGUGCCCUUCAAGGCGAAUAACAUGCAAGACCUUCACAAGCUAAUUCUUAAAGCCAAGUACAAUCUUAAAGAUGAGAUCUCUGAGGAGGCAAAGGAUCUCUUAAGAAAAAUGCUUGAGCUUGAUGUUUCCCAAAGACUCACCAUUAAACAGGUGUUGUCGCAUCCUUGGAUGCAAGAUAUAGAUGAAAAUCUGAUAAUGUUUAAUGAGUAAGAACUGGAGGUAGUGAAGACAGAAUUCACAUAUAAUGACCCAUCAAGAUUCAAUAGAAAUGAGCCCAAUCUUAACAAGGACGAAGAACCUUGGGACUGCUUCACUGAACUCAAUCUAGACUCAAUGAACUGUACGUUGAGAAAUGCAAGCGAAAAAUCUGUAAUACUAGCGCCAUUUAAUAGUAGUAUGAGUGAUGAUGGGGAGUUCCAAAGAACUUUUAAAAAGCAUGCACCGCUAGUUGAUAAGAAGCUUAUGAUUAGAUUCGCGGCUAGAUGCAGAGACUAAGAUCGGCAAUAUGAGAUUAAUAAUAACUGCGAACUUGAUAACGGUGUCUAUCAUAAAUUCGUCUAUAGUACUGAGUAAGAUGGCAAAAAAUCAGAUAAGAAUGACUCAAGUAAGGUAGACCGAGAUGAUGAAGAUGAAGAGGACGAUAAUUUUUACCAAGAGGGAAACUAUAAAAAUAUUUCUGGGAAAGAUGAUUAGCAGUAGAAUGUGGGCAGAUAAGCUGAUAUCGAACUUCUAAGUAGUAAGAUGAAGGAAUCCACAAGGAAUGCUGGAAAGAAAAAGGAUGGCAAUGACGAGGAAACCAGUUUCGAAAACUCAUUCGAGCAAUCUCAGAGCUAUAGAUCAAUGAAGCGCAGGAUUCAGAGUGCGAAGAUUGAUAAAAAUACGAAUCAACUUAAGCAUGAUAUUGAACGGAAAAAGCAGGAAGUUAAACAAGUUGAUAAUAAUAACUAUGCCUAGUAAACUCUAGAUGGUGAAGAUAACGGGACAUUCUAAUCAAAUUACUCCUUCGUUAUUGAGUAGGAGAGAGUUCAGGUAAUGGUAGACUUUGGAUUUCCUCGAGACUAUGUACUUUCCUCUCUAACAGAGAAUGAGGCCAACUACUGCAGUGCCGGUUACUAUCUGCUAGGCUUAGACCAGAACUAUUGA